CUCAAGUCGACGCUUUGCUUGGCUCUUCUGUUCGUUUUUAUCUCUACGUCGUUUUACGAUUUAUUUUUACGCCUGAUCGCACGACGCAUCUCUCUUUCGUCCUAUCUCUUCUACUCCCUCCCUUGACGUCUCCAGUGGCUUGUCCCGCAAACUGCUUUGACCUUUGGAACAUGCUUAAACCUCGCCUCGGAGACCGACCGUGCUGACUUCCGCAGCCACCACGCUAGGCCUCUCUGCUUAAUACUCUGCAUAUGCAACGUUUCGCCCGCUAUGGAGAAGAUGAAGGCAGCUUCAUUGAUGCCCAAGAAGUUCCGCAGCGUGCGCGAAAAGAAUGGCAGCCACCGUCGUAGCAAGUCCUCUGAGCCAGGUGGAAAGGCCCGACCUCUAACCGCAGAGUCAUGGCUGUCGAUUUUCAAACCCGAGUCCGUGAAGCAGGCACAGAGGGAAAAGGAAGAGGAGGAAAAAGAAGCAGCAAAGGUCGAGGAGAUUCAGAAACGGCUCGAGGAGCUCAAUUGCAACUCCAUUUCCGAAGAACUUAUCCGCUAUGCAAUAAACUCGAAAUUCGCCGGCGGUGACACGGACAAGGCCCUGGAGCUCUUGCAACUCCAACAAAAGGCAUUUGCGGGGAUCGUGCAGCCAUACAACCCAAAUGUGCAAAUGCUGGGCGCCGAAAACCGCGGGAAUGUCACCUGCUAUCUGGAUGCCUUACUCUUUGCCAUGUUUGCCAAGUUGUCGGCUUUUGAGUGCAUGUUGAAAAAUGACUCAACAGACGAGCCAAAGACGAAGCUGGCGGCUUUAAUCAGACUUUGGGUUAAUAUGCUGAGGAGCGGGAAGUUGGUCCAUACGGACAUGACGCAGCAUAUCCAGGAAUCUCUAGCCGCUUGUGGCUGGGAAGAAGCCCGGCUACUCGAACAGCAGGAUACAUCCGAGGCCUUUGCCUUUAUUACCGAGACUUUGCAGUUGCCACUUCUCACCCUACAGGUUGACCUAUUCCAUCACGGAAAACGAGAUGCAGACGACCAUAAGGUCGUCCACGAGAGACUGCUCAACCUCGCAGUCCCCCCCGAUCCCGAUGGAAAGGGUCUUAAGUUGGAGGACUGUCUGGAAGAGUACUUCAACAACCAGGUCGAUGUGCUCCGAGACAGUCCAGAAGAAAAGAAAGGUGCCGAAAAGUCGGGAAAGAGUACAAUAAAAGUAGUUGCCGAAGAGGACGAAGGAACGCCGAGCGCACAGCCUGCCGAAAUCCAGCAGGUAGGAUAUACCUGGACAACAGAGAAUCUGGUAACAGAGUCACCAGUUUCUACCAUGAUCCCAAGCAUACCGAGAGCCUUUGACUCGCCCCCGACCCUCAGACACAGGUCAACCAGCAUAAUACAGCGAAUUGUGGUUCCAGAUGGCGAACAGGUACCUCCCGGGGAAACUACGAGCUUGCUACAAAGAGCGAAACGCACAGGCUCGACGGUAGUGAAAGCUGUCACAAUACCAGCCUGGCAAUUCUUCAAGUUGAUACCUUGGCAUGCUGCUUCGAACGGAGAACCAAGCAACGACAUCGAAGUCGCGAGACAUUUCAAUCAACGACCGGUUGUUGGCAUCUGCUUGAAAAGGUACACUAUGACCGACAAGGGCGUCCCGAAGCGUCAGAACACCCUUAUCGAUAUCCCGGACAGCCUCCGACUCCCGCACUUUAUGGCUGCUGGCGAUGUCAAGGCCACUGGCGAAGUUGAGGCCGACCAGGAGUCAAACGGUCUAAGUCAGGAAUACAAACUCGUUUUGCAAUCGGUUGUCUGUCACCGUGGCGACUCGCUCCAGAGCGGCCACUACAUUGCAUUUGCUCGGGUUGCACCCAAACUCCUCACUGAUAAUCGGAGGCACGAUAGCGAUCCGCCCCCGGAUUACGAGGAAGCGCAGUGGGCGAAGUUCGAUGAUCUGGCCGUUGAGAACCGAGUGUCUUAUGUGGACGACAUCAAGGAAUCCCUCCGCGAGGAGAUGCCAUACCUACUCUUCUAUCAAAUCGUUCCUAUGGUGGACGUGACGACUGCAUCGACGGAUGGCUCUGUGGUGGAACCCCCUUCCUACAACGAAUCCGCUGUCAACCUGAUUCCUGUGCCUGGGACCCCAAUCGUGGAUAUUGUGCCGGAUAUGGUGCCGGAUGUGAUACCGGACCAACCUGAUGGUAUUUCAGGGCUCUCGGCCGGCUUCUUCGACUCCGCAACGACUUUGGUGCACAGCGGGGGACCAAGUAUUCGCUUCAGCUCCGAUCUUGAACGACCUUCGCGUCUGAGCUUUGACGACGACCCCUACUCGAUCCAUACAAGAGCUAACAGUUCGAGACGUGCUAGCGUCGCGUUCUCCGAGUCUGCUGCUGGCUCCCCGGCCGCCACCCCCGAAGUCCCGUCACCGGCCAUUACUCCCCAGGAAGAGAGCACGGCAACGAGGCUCUCACGGGCGGCAGCGAAGUUCACCAAGGCGGGGGCUAAAUCGCGUCCUUCCAGCCAGAUUGGCGACGGCCGCAUUAGCACCACAAUCUCGAAGCUCGGGUUUUCGCGGCCAAGCAAGGACACCCUUAACAGUGGCACCAGCGGAAACGAGACUUCGGAUGACCAGGCCGUGAUCGCCGAGGAGGAGGAAUUAGCCAACAAGGAGAAAGAGCAUUCCCACCAUCAUAAAAAGGACCGCGCCAAGUCAAAGAGCCGCGAAAAGGACGACAGGAAGGAAAAGGACAAGUUCAAGGACUCUGGAAAGGCCGUCAAGGAGGAAGGCGUCCCAGACCGCGAGUGUGCGGUCAUGUAACGAAAAGACUGAAUGAUGAUGUCUCUCUGUUUAGGUUAAUUGUUUUCUUGCAGUGAGUUGGUGAGCUAGCAUUACUCUAGGAGUUAGGCGGGAAACGAAAAGGGGUUCACCACGAGCUUUAUGUCCUGGGAUGGGGGACUUUUUUCUCUAUUUCAUCUGUUUUCUUUUCUUUUGAAAAACGGAGGCUUCUAGAGAAGAGAGGAAACCCCAGGGUCCUGAUGAAACAACAACCAGCAUGACGGAUGAGAUGGGUCCGGUGGGAUGGAUUGGUUUUUUGCAUGACACUUUAGUGAUACCAAAAGACCGAGUGGCAGCACAAAGUUAGCUAGCUUCUGCCUGCUAAAACUCAUCUACCAAGGGUAAAUGAGGUGCGCUGCCGGGUUGUACCUAGGAAAACCAAAUGAUACCAGCCAACCGCAAACAUGGCGAUACGAAGUAAAUCAUGCCUGAACACGUUCAACUGGCGAUA